AUGUGGCAGCUGCUGCUCCCGCUGGCCCUGGGGCUGGGCGCCAUGGGCUUGGACAGGGCGGAGCUCACGGCGGCCCAGCACCGCGGCCUGCAGGUGGCCCUCGAGGAGUUCCACAAGCAUCCGCCUGUGCAGUGGACCUUCCAAGUGACCAGCGUGGACAGUGCCAUGGACAUGCUCUUCCCGGCCGGGCAGUUUGUGAAGCUGGAGUUCAAGCUCCAGCAGACGAGCUGUCGGAAGAAGGACUGGAGGAAAGCAGACUGCAAGGUCAAGCCCAACGGGAGAAAGCGGAAAUGCCUGGCCUGCAUCAAGCUGGACUCAAAGGAUCAAGUCCUGGGCCGGAUGGUGCACUGUCCCAUACAGACGCCGGUUCAACGGGAGCUGGAGGAGGCCCAGGACACCCAGUGCAGCAGGGUGGAGCAUGCUGGCGAGGACCCCCACAGCUACUACCUCCCCGGACAGUUCGCCUUCAUCAAAGCCUUGUCCCAGAGCUGA